GUUCUGGUUGCCUGAUCGCUGCCUGUCUGCGCGACCUAUUUAAACCGCGGAAUUUCGACCUUGUCUUCCUCGCGUCUCUAUAUACCAUGUCUUGCCAAUCUCUCGCAAAAGAUGCUCAACCAAUUUCCCCUGGAGGUCUUGGUGCACGUCCUCUCCUUCUUGGAGUGUGAGGACUUGCAGGCCGUUCGCCUAGUGAACAGGGCCUUGUCGAGCAAAGCUGGUCCUGUCUUGUUCCGAACGGUCUGCGUUUCAUGUCUCACUCUGGAUCGGCUUCACAACAUUAGUCGUCACCCUACGCUCUGCCUGGCUGUAGAGGAGCUUCAGUAUCAGGAGUUCAACUUUGACCUCGUUGUCGACGAUCAACGCUCCUGGACUGUCGAAGAUCGGCCGACAUGGAGGAAGAGAAGGAUGCAAUACUUGACCAGAACGAUUGCCGAGUUCAUUGCAAUGUCGAGACAGGGGAUGCAAUCCUCAGAAGGAGACCCGGACGUGGUAUAUCUGCCGAGCGGUGUUACAUUGGUCGACGUGGAGCAGGAGGCGAGUGAAGACGAGAUCCAAGCUAUGAUCCAAGCAGUCAAGGAGUUGUACGCCGAAAACGCCCGCCUGCAAAGCCCUCAGCGCCUCUAUGAAGCCUUCUGCGAAGCGUUUCCGCACCUCCCAAAUCUGCAUCGUGUUAUCUGCGUCGAGGCUGACGCUGGUUGUACAGCGUUGGAUUCUUCGCGGAUAGAACGCACAGGAGCUCUCCAACGUCUGAGAAACGUCUUCCCUCUGCCAGACCGCGCCUUGAGAUCGUGCCUUCAACCAGACACGCGGGACUGGCCAUCGCACGGAUUCAUGGGCGUCUGGCGUGCCUUGAGUGACCAGGAUUCAAACACUGGUGGUAUACGACACCUCGAGAUCCGACGGGGCAGCGAUCUCUUCGUCAAGCGGGGCAUAUACCUCCACCCACCGGAAUCCGAGGAUAAUGUCCUGGUGAAUGGUUUCCAAAACCUGACAGUGUUAAGUCUCUGCCUCGAAGUGGAUAUGAGUUCUCCGGGGGUGGCAGUGCCCCAGGCAGCCAUCCUGGCCGAAGCACUGGCCAGGGCAUCGCAGCUGAGGCGGCUCGAGAUAUGCCUCACGUCACCCUGGGUGCUGCGCUCUCCGGUGAGCGACUGGACGAUACAAAACAGCCACUGGGGCAUUCCGUUCGGCGACCGAGACGUUUCUCGAGAAAACAUACUGCCGUUUGUCGCGUUCCCGGAGCUCCACACGGUUGUCUUCGAGGAAGUCGACUUCACGAGCGAGCAGAUAUGUGCUUGGCUGUUCAUGCAACCCAAGCUGAGACACCUUGUCCUGAGACGACCGUAUCUCAGGGGACGGUGGCAAGACCUGGUGCAAACGUGGUGGGAAACCCCCGAGUUUUACCUCGACUCGUUCGAACUGAUCAGCCCCUGGGAUCACGACAACAGAGACUUUGAAGAGAGCACACCGCGUCGAGAGACAGCCCAAGUGCCGUCUCGCGUUUCGAGUGAUGCCAUCCUUGACUUUAUCAACCAUGGUGGACGGAACCCUUUCGACGGCCGGAUUUGGAGACCAUUCUACGCGUCGGAGGGAGCUAGGGGGGAUGGUGCUGAAGACGAUAAUCUGUCAAACUACUCCGAUCUCUCCGAAUGGGUGCCGGAAGACCAUCCUACACCGGUUGAGGACCCCGAAGGGCCCGAAUUCGACGAAGACUAUGACUUUGAUGCCGAGGAGGACAGUGAUAUCGAGAUGGAGGAGUCGUCGAGUGUCGGUUGAAGGAUUUCAGAAUCUACUGCCUGGACUUGUGUCGGCAGAUAUACAUUUCCUUCCAGUUCACUUCGAAAGAGCUGGGACUGUUGGUGAGAAAGAGCGCAGAAAUACGCUGUACGUGCCACAACUUCCGACUUGUUUCCUUUGGUUGGCAAAGAGAAUGUCAUGAAUCGACGACAGCCUCAACCCCAAGGGUCGAACGCACCUUGAAUAAUACGUUUUGUUUUUCCGUUCUAGAGAAUCUAGCGAGUAUACGCCUUACUUAAUACGUAGCUGGCUACCCGUGGCACGGUACUCGACUUGAUGAAGCUUUCGCUCGAAGUCAACUUCGAUACAGACACUUCGUGUUCCAGGAACACUCUUAAUUCAU